AUGGUGAUUUGUGGGCCAAUAAUAAAACUGGCAAAUGGCAAGGAGAUGCCACAAGUAGGGCUCGGCACAUGGCUACCAGGUGAAGUAGGUCCGGCAGUUGGCUGGGCUUUGCAGCACGGCUACAGACUCAUUGAUACGGCAGCUUGUUAUAAUAAUGAGGAAGAAAUUGGUAAAACCCUCCGCAAAUUCUUCGAUAAUGGAAAGAUCAAACGCGAGGACGUGUUCAUCACAAGCAAAGUAAAUCUUCAUGAAGUAGAAGAACAGCUGCGUGACUCCCUCCGAAAACUGCAGCUGGAUUACGUGGACCUCUAUUUGGUACAUAUGCCUGUUUGUUUCAAUCACGAUCACUCAGUAAAGGUCGAAGAUACAUGGAAAGGGAUGGAAAAUGUGUACGAGAAGGGGCUUACAAAAGCAAUUGGAGUAUCAAAUUUCAGCAUCGAUCAAAUUGAACGCAUUCAGAAAAUAGCCACCACAAUGAUUCACAAUGUGCAGGUGGAGUGUCAUCUAUAUUUCCCGCAGUUUAAGCUGCACGACGUCUGCAAACAUCACAAUAUAUCACUGACUGCUUACGCGCCAAUAGGCUCUCCCGGAAGAAAGAAUUUCGUGCCACCACAAAAGGGAAAGUUAGUCUUUUCAUUACAGUCAUUAGCGGACGAAGUGGUGCAAAAAUUGUGUGCUAAAUAUCACAAGAGCAGCGCCCAGAUAAUGCUGCGUUAUUUACUACAGCGUAAUAUUGCAAUCAUACCGAAAAGUAUCAAGGAAGAUAGAAUAAAAGAAAAUUUCGAGGUUAUUUGUUUAUUAUUUCGCAAAAACGCAGGCAUUUGCUCGAACUAA